AUGGUGACCGGAGCGGACGCUUUUGGGAAUAGAUAUUCCCACCACGUGAAGCGCUCGGACGUUGUGGAGUACACUCGCAAUGACAACUUUUGCCCGCCUCCUGUGGCUACUGUGUGCGGUUGGGUGCGCCAAGUGUGGCUCAACAUGCCUCAGUCCGUUGUGCUGAACUCGAUUGUGGCUGCCGGUUUUGAUGUCGAUCCCACGCGCUGGUUCAAAUGGAAUCACGACGUCGACGGGUGGAAGUCCAGCAGUCUUGGAGCCGUGAUGAGGCAGGAAACGAGCUAG